AUGACAAAGGAAAAAAUGGCAGGAACAAAGGGCACAAUCCCGGAAUACGCAAUUGGGGAGAAAGUAUGGCUGGACGCAAAGAAUGUGGAAAUCCGUUCCAACUCCAACAAAUUGGACCCUAAGCGCCUGGGACCUUUUGAAGUCACCAAAAAGAUCUCCAGCCACGCAUACCGCCUGAAACUUCCUGAGUCACUGAAAAUCCAUGACGUCUUUUACGGGGGCUACUGGGAAGAAGAAUAUGAAGUUGAACAAAUCAUCGACUCUAAAAGACAACGGGGAAAAUGGUUUUACCUAAUUAAAUGGAAGGGAUACGGACCGGAAGACAAUUCCUGGGAACCGGAAGAACUCCUAGAACAUAGCCAAGAAGAGAUUCAACGUUUCAACAGGUCACGACUGAAAAAGGCUUGUGACUCCGCCAAGAGCCUUUAA